AUGAAUGGGAGGUUUGGAAAGGAGCAGCACAGUAUCUUUGGUCCAGCGUACUUCAGCUCGAGCAUAAUAGGCUUAGCUGAGACGAACAGAGGAGCGGCGGAGCGCGUAAAAUGCCUCAAGAAAGGGAGCUAUUUUGGCUGCUUUCCGUGGAGGAGAGAAACCCGAUCCCUUCGGGGAUGUGCGAAGAAACCACCCACUCCUUCCUCGAGGAGGAGCGACGAGCGAGCGUGGGGAAGAGAAGGGGGCUGCCCGGAGGGGCUGCGGACCGUGCUUCUGCGGAGCUUCUCUCCGAUCCGGCCAGAGCUUCCGCCGGCCCCGCGCGCUGCGCUGCCUGCCCGAUCGUCGAUGGCGGCGGCGGCGGCGGCGGCGGCCUCCUCUCCGGUGCCGGCGGCGCUGCCCCCGUUCCAGUUCCGCCCGCGGCACGAGAGCCCGGACUGGCGGCGCCUGAGCGCCGUGGACGUGGAGCGGGUGGCGGCCGAGGUGGACGUGGCGGCGCUGCAGGAGCACCUGGGGCACGUCACCUUCUGCAGCGCCGAGCGGGAGCGCUGCCCGCACUGCCAGGGCCCCGCCGACCCGCUGCUGCUGCGGCUGCUGCGCCUGGCGCAGCUCAGCCUCGAGUACCUGCUGCACUCGCAGGACUACCUCAGCGCCCAGCUGCGCGCCGCCCAGGAGCUGCUGCGGGCGGCCGACGCGCACCGCGACCUGCUCGCCAAGGACGUGGCCCGCGGGGCGCAGGAGAUCCGGCUGCUCAAGGAGGAGUGCAAGCGCCGCAAGAAGAUGAUCGGCACCCAGCAGAUGAUGCUCCAGGCCGGGGCCACCUACCACCAGUGCCAAUUUUGUGAAAAGGCUUUUAUGAACUAUUCCUUCCUGCACAGUCAUUUGCAACGUCGCCAUGCGGAGCAGCCACACAUUGAUCAGAAGAAAAAAGCACAGACGGAUAAAUUACAGGAGGAAAUCAACAAGCUGAAGGAGCAGUUAGAGCUUACCCGGUCUCAAUUAGAAGCAGAGCAACAUGCUCAUAUAGUCAAAUUAUCUAAGGAAUAUGAGGAACACCGAUCCAAGGAGGAGGAGAUUCGCCAGUUAUUUCACAAAUGGAAAGAAGAAGAAAAAGAAAAAUUGGCCAGUGAAUUGGAGAAGGUGAAAGAGAUGUUUAUGAAGGAGUUUAAAGAAUUAACUGCAAAAAAUACAGAAUUAGAAACUCAUUUAUUAGAAGUACAGAAGUCCAACAAACACCUGAAAUCCAAUUUAGGAACAUUAAAGGAUAGCUAUGAAUUUAUGGAAGAGAAGCAUCAGAAUACUGUAGAUCAUCAGAAUAUAAUGGAGCUUCUUGAAAGACAGGAAACUAAGUGGACUUCUAAAGUGCAAGCUCUUCAGGAGGAACAUGAACAUGAAAAAUACCAGCUUACCUCACAAAUUGAGAAACUCAAAGCAUCCAUGACCGAGGAGUUCAAUGCAAGCAACAUCUUCUAUAAGAAGAGAAUCGAAGAACUAGGACAGAGGCUUCAGGAGCAGAAUGACCUUAUUAUUGCACAGAAGCACCAGAUACAAAAGUUGGCCACAAAAAAAUCAGUAGAAAGCAUCAGGUCAACCGAUGCGAAAGCUUCAUCACAGAAUGUUGUUCAGCACAAAUCAAGUCUGCCAUCCAUGCGUGAAACAGAGAAACAUGAGCCUAGACCAGGAAAGAGUAAGCAUGACAUAGUACACACUUUGAAGAGCAACCCUUCUUUAACAAGAGAGCUGAGAGCUGUUUUGGAACAAACGCUGGUGGAGAAGUUGGAAUCCUUGGGAAUUAAAUCAGGGGUCCAUGGUAUCCCAAGUGAUCAUCUGAACAGAGUCCUAAUGUCUGUGGAAUCAGCUAGAGAAGAGAGAAGGAAGCAGGUUCCCAACAUUCAGCUUAUUCGAGAACAACUCGAACGGCAAGUCAGCUUCAGAGUUGCAGAAAGAGCAUCUUGCAGCAGGCUUCUGUCCAGCUCUUACCUUUCUCCAGAAGCUAAGCAGAGGGCAGCUCACGCAGGAGGUUCGUUAUCCACAGUGUUACCCAAAGCAGCAAAACGGUAUUCCGUUGCCAAGCGCCCAGUCAGGCAAAGAACUAUCCCUGCUGAAAACACCUCUACUCCAAAAAAUAAGAAGAAUACUGUGGAGGAUGGAAUUCCCAGGAAGCUGCAUAGUAUUACAACCCCACCAUUUAGCUCAGAGGAUGAAGUGGAGGAAGAAGAUAUCAUGCAGGCCUACAUCUCGCCCGAACUGUCUCAGCCGAAAGCAUCCAAGAGCACCAGCAAGGGCAGCUUGUCAAGAUUUGCAAGCCGGAGUGAUAUGAAUUCUCCCGAAGAAGAUGAGGUGGAAGAAAUUGGAGUAACUCUGAAGCCCUCAAAGAGCAUACCUACCCAGAAAGCAACGGACCAAGCAGAAUUCCUUCUUUUGAACCAAGCAAAGGAAAGUAAACCUGCUGGAGAAAUUAUUGCUGGCUUAGCGUCUGCUCAGAAGGGUGCUCAAGGAGUCAAGUUUACAGGAGUUGAGGAUGAAGAUGACGACGACUGGGAUUUGUCAUCUUUGGAAGAUGAAAAGCCCUUGCUAGCAAAAGGGGAGAAAGCAAAGAAUGUAACCGCCCUUGCCAAAAGCGAUUCCAAUGCUGCAUCGAUGCCUCACGCCUGGGGAGCUCCUGCGGGAAAGCUGCCAAAGGACGAAGGCCUUCAAGAUGCCGAUACUACAAGUACCUUAAAAAGCAGCUUGGUCACGGUCACCGACUGGAGCGACUCUUCAGAUAUAUGAUUUUCUUUGGAAUGUGUUUUU